AUGUCGGAGAGGAUACCCCUGCCAGGCAUGACCCUGCCUCAACGGCAACGUCUGGCUCUCCUGCUCACUGAUUUCCGGGUCGUCUUCGCGGGGGCCAAACGCAGGAGCACAAUCAGAGCGGUGAGGCAUGCGACGCUGGCUUUUCAGAACACAAUUCCCGGUAGCGAUCUCGACCCGGAGAUCAGAAUGGCCAACUUG